AUGGCCCCUAGUCCGAGACUUCCGACUCCUAAGGUCUCUAAGGUUCUCUGGCAACAAAAGGUUCAACAGCAGUGGGAUCAACACAAACAAGCUCUGCCGCCUGUUUGGAGUGCAGACGUUGACCAUGACUGGCGGCUCCUGGCCGCCACCUUUUAUGACACGAUAAUAGACACUUUCAGACAUGUGGAACCGAAUGCUCUUGACUCAAUUCCCAAAGCCCUGCUGCGCCGAGGGAAACCUUUUCAGGUUCGAGUGGUUCAAAAGGAUGUGUUAAAAAGGCCCACGGCUGGCGCCAUGGCCACCUUUCAGGAAAGAUGUCUUCACAACUUGCUUGCACGUCUCCACGAAGCUGCCCGACACGAGCUUGUUGACAGCCCUUCGGUUGCCCAAAGGCGUGACAAACAGAAGCUGUGGAAUCGCAUUCAAAGAAGUCCUCACUAUGAUCAUGCGCUGGGUAUCCAACGAAAUAUUCGCAGGAUAUCCACCCAACUCCAAAACCAAAUCGAUGCUGCUGAUGCCGCUCGUCUCAGCCGGUGGCAGGAAAGGAUGCAGAUUGACAAAAAAGCUUUUCGAUGGCUGCGACAGGAGCAACAACCUGUCAACCAUGCCAUCCGCACCGACAGUCAGAGUCCAGCUGGCAGAACGGUGCAAGAGAGCUUGAGCCACCUGCAGAAUUUCUGGUCCAGAAUUUGGAAUCGGCAGCUCAUCAACCACGAUGCUUUCUGGCAAGACUACAUUGCUCAAACGCCUCGCAUCCCGGCUCCGGAUGCUUGGGCGCGCCUCACUGUGUUUCAAGUCCAGGCAGCUCACCAGAACACCCUCGGCACCGCUGCAGGUGCCGAUGCCUGGGCUGCAGAAGAGCUCACUGCGAUGUGCGAUGACAUGUGGCUUUGCCUCAUUGAUUUUUACCAUCACUGCGAGGAUCUGGGUCAGAUUCCCACUGUUUGGCUCACCAUGAGACAGGUUCACAUCCCGAAGCAAAAGGAUCCGCAAGUGGACGGAUCAACUUUAGCUGACCACCUCAGGCCAAUUUCCAUUGCCUCGAUCUGGUGGAGAAUUCUUCAAAGUGCUCGAUUUCGAGAACCCCACACGCAGCAGUGGCUGCAAAGAGGCAUUCCCUCUUGGGUCUAUGGCGGAGUUCCUGGCAAAGGCGCUGAGGACGCCAUAGCGCCCCUGCUUGUGAAAGAAUCUCAGAAGUGGAUCUUGGCUUCGUUAGAUCUCACCAAAGCCUUCGACUUUGCCGACCCCACCCUUGCCAUCAGAGUCCUUCGGCAUCUAGGAAUGGCCACCCGCACGGCACGACUCCUUCAAUUUGCCUGGACGCACCAAGUUCGAUAUCUUCAAUUUGCCGGAGAGACACUUUCUCGUCCUAGUCAUGUUCGUUCCUCCCUUCCUCAAGGAGAUCUCACCAAAGCCUUCGACUUUGCCGACCCCACCCUUGCCAUCAGAGUCCUUCGGCAUCUAGGAAUGGCCACCCGCACGGCACGACUCCUUCAAUUUGCCUGGACGCACCAAGUUCGAUAUCUUCAAUUUGCCGGAGAGACACUUUCUCGUCCUAGUCAUGUUCGUUCCUCCCUUCCUCAAGGAGAUGUUUUCAGCAUGCUCGGCAUGACCGCCGUGCUCAUACCUAUUGCCAAUUUGAUUCAAGCUGCUCACCCAUGCACCGUGCAGUCCCUCUACGCGGACGACAGAAGCUGGGCCUCACCGGACGUCCCUGAGCUGCUGGCUGUGCGUGACCUCUGGCACACCUGGACGGCCCGAGUGGGCCUGCAAGAAAACAUACCAAAGGAACAAAUCUUCCAUCGCAACAAGGCGAUGCGUCGCGAGCUCACGAGCUUGGGCCUGCCGGCCACCAGUGUCAACAAGGAAACCACCAUCCUGGGAUUUACCAUGAUGCCAGCGCAACGAAGAAAGGCCACCAAAAAAGAUGUUGGCAGAGUGCAGGAAGCAACCAGAAGAGCAAAACGUUGCGCAGCCAUUCCAGGACCUCACCAUCGCCGCAUUCGCAUCGCGCGAAUGACUGUGCCCACCAAAGCGGCUUGGGGCAUGCUUUGUCGCCAACCAACCAAAAAAGAACAGAACGCAGUCUUCCUCCUGGCCAAGCAGGUGCACAGAUGGCCCAAACAGGCCAGCACAGACCUGCUGCGGGUUGUGCUUGGACACUUUUGGGAUUUGGCCUUGCAGUCGGCCUCCACGGCAAUCAGAAUUUUGUCCAGAUGGGUUGGCAGGACCCGCACUGACCUGCCACCAUGGCCAACGAAGAGAAGUGGAUGGACCAACUCGGUCCGUGAAGUCAUGAAACAGAUGGGCUACGUCGAGACGACGGAAGCUUGGGUGUGGAAUCACCCUCACACCAGACCAUUAUCCUUGAAACUUGCCGCAGUUCGUCAGCAACCCAACUCGGUCUUGCAACAUGAACUUCGUCAAGCUUGGCGAUACCAUCAUUAUCACCUCUGGAGAUCAGGCACCAGGAGAGACGCAACGGUUUGUCGAGAUGUGCAUGUCACUGCAGACCGUCUUGCUGCGCUGAAAAAAUGUGAACUCACGAGUCACGUGAUUGCCAUUCUUACUGGGGCCAUGGUGAGCCCGCAGGCGUACCAGGAACUGAUGCAGCUCACGAUGACGCUGUUCUCGAGCACAUGGCACAAACGCGUGCUGCAGUGCUCGACGCUCGACGCAGCCGGUAAGCUGCUGCCACAGGAGCUGCUGGCAGAGAGCCAUUUGCUGAACAAAGAGAGGUACUACCUGCUCGUUGAAGAGCUCUUCCACAAUUUACGCUCGCAAGAUGAGGACAAGGUGACUCUACAAAACUUUGAGCGCCGUUUCCACGACACUGACGUCAGAGCCUUUUUUCAUGGUCUGGACCUGGAACCCAGCGAUGCAUGGAUUUUGUUUUCACUUCUGGACAACGAUGGCAGCGGAGAUGUGGAUUCUCAGGAAUUCGUGGAAGGCCUCUUGAAGUUGAAAGGCCCUGCACGUGCCAUAGAUCUGGCGGUCCUCAGCCGUGACCUAAAGACAUGCGUCAAGCAGGCGCAAUCUUCGCAGCAACGACUCCAAAGAUUGGAGGCGCUUCUGCAAGCUCAGUUCUCUCAGAUGUCCAUUCGCAGGGUGGGGAAGCUCACAUGGGUGUUUUUACAUGCUCAGCCUGAAGCCCAGUCAUCGUCUGGCGAAGCUGAGAAGUGGCUGAUGUUAAGCUUCCACUGGCUGAACCCAGCCAUCGCUCGGACCUUUGACCGAAGGCAAUCCAAAGGCUCUCCUUAUCGAUCGAGGAGCGCGCGACGGAGCCCUUUUCGACGUCGACGGAGGUCUUCUUCCUCGAGCUCCAGAUCACGCAGGCGACGAUCAUCGCGAUCGAGGUCCCAGCGGAGCGGCAGCAGCGAUCGCUGGUAUCGCGGCGGGAAAGGAAAGGGCGGCAAAGACCGAGGUAAGGAUAAGGGAAAAGGCGACAAGAAGAAAGAGAUGGAGGAGCAGCGCGAGAAGAUUCGGCUGUGGCUGAAUGAAAGGCUAAAUGCGAGUGGUGCGCAUGUAAGACCCAAGGAUUUGACCGAUGAGCUGCAGAACAGCUUCGGUGUGAAGCCUGGCCGUUUCCGGCAGCUCUUCAACCAGACGCUGCAACAGUACCUCAACGCCUACCUCAGCAGUGGUCCAGAGGGUGCCUGGCCCAAUGACAAUGGGCAGUUCAGCAGUCGCACCGUGGAGGACAACCGCGAUAUGCGAGCGCAGAGAGCCGCUCGAUUCUCCUCACAUCUGGAGAAGUCCUCGGCUCCAGUGUCCAUGGUGAGCUUGGCUGAUGCAGAGGUUCCGAACAUCGACGGAGGUCCCAUCAUCGGAGAGUUGCACGACAUGUGCUCCAGAGACGAGGCGAAGGAACGCGAGAUGACGCGUCAGCUGGACAAGUUUGAAUGGAAGAAGGGCACCGAUGCAAAAAACCCGGAGGUGAAUCUGAAGUUCGCCACCAAGAAAUAUCAAAGAAGUUCGGCUGACAAGGCCUAUCGAAGUCAAGAUGUGAGAUCGUUAGAGGCCUGCUGGAAGACCAUGGAGUACCUCAUGACGGAGAUCUUGGACUUCGACAGCAAUCCCAAAGCGGGCUAUGCCAUAAACUCUGCGAUUCCUUACAUCGAGGUCUAUUCCUACUUGCGGGAUCGAACGCGCGCCAUUCGGGUGGAUCUCCACCUACAACAGCCGCGCAGCACCACGCAGCGCGUCUUCGUGGAAAGCCAUGAGUGUUGCCUACGUUUCGAGAUGUUGUCGCUCUUCCUGCUGUUGGGCAGAGGGCAGAAACAAGCCGAACAAGCGACCGAGAAGUAUGACACCAAGUUGGGACUCAAGGCCAUCUCUCAGACGAUUGAGCCAUUGCUCAGCGCCUACCAGGCCAUUCACGAAAGGCAGCUGGCCAAGAGUAUCCUCGCUGAGGCCAUGGGCGGUUUCGGAUUGGACGACGAUGACCCAGAGGAGUACAGUUCACCCUUCGAGAUGGCUGCACGAAGAUACAUCGUGCUGCUUCUGAUGUCCUUCUCUCCAGAUGCAGUGUCUGGACAUUUGGCCAAGAUGAGCCGCGAACUGCUGAUGCAUCCCUUGUUGACCUUUGCGACACAGGUGUAUGCAGCCUUCCACACGGAAGACUACGCGAGAUUCCUACGCAUGUACAGAGAAGCCGAUUUCCUGACCUCUGUGUGCAUGAGCGGUGUGGCUGAUCUCGCGAGAUUGCGUGCUUUGUGGUUGUUGGUCAGAAGCUACCCACAACAGGUUGGAGAUAAGAUCAGUCUGUCAAAAAUCAAAAAUAUCCUGGCCUUUGCGAGCGAUGACCACGCCAAAGCGUUUCUGGCAUUUCAUGGUCUCCAAAUCGUCAUCGACAAGGAGGCGGGGGGCGGUGCCAUGAUCCUGCUGCCCAAGAAGGGCACGCCGGAGGCGGCCAGCUUGCCCCUCUUGCAGGGACGCCUGCCUGAGAAAUGCGAAUUUCCCAAGGGCGCGGAUUCCUUGCUGGUGGCCAAGUUUGAGGCCCUGGGCCUCUCCCGCGCGGAGAUCGCCUUCGGGGGGGCUGACCCUGUAAUCCCUGAAGAAGCGGAGGGUGAAGCGGAGCCGGAGGACCCUCAGGGUAUGGUCGAGGAGCCCAACUCCCUCGAGGCCGCGACUGAACCACUGACUGUGGUGGCGUGAGCGCCCGGAAAAAA